AGUAUGGAGUUCAGGUCACUCUCUGUAAUACUCUUGUUGGUUUCACUUGUUCGAGCUGGACAUGCUCAAGGGUAUUAUAAACCAGUUCUGACUGUGCAGCCAUUGAGACCACAAAUAUUCACUGGAGAGACCGUUACACUCACAUGUUAUAUUCCAGGAGAGAGGUUAACAGACUGGAUGUACCAGUGGAUCAGAGAUAACACUGAAUUUCACAACUCUAACUAUUACAUACGAAAAAUCAAAGUGGAUCAAAGUUCAAAAUACAGAUGUUGUUGUUAUUAUAAACAUAGCCAAGGAUACUCUGGCUGUACUGAUGAAGUGACUCUCACAGUAACAGCUUUACCCACAGCUACACUGACUGUAGAUCCCACAUGGAGUCCUGUGUUCACUGGCGAGUCAGUGACUCUGAAGUGUGAGAUACAGUCUUACAGUAACUGGAGAUAUCAGUGGUAUAAAGGCAGCAGUAGAACUGCAGUCAGUCAGUCUCAGACAAACACCUUCACCAUCAGAUCAGCAGCAGAUCAGGAUCAGGAUCAGUACUGGUGUAGAGGAGAGAGAGAUUACAGACCCUCAUCAUCACAGUUCAGUAACAGAGUGGGUCUCUCUGUUAAUGAAAAACCUAAACCUGAACUCACAUCAAGCCAUAAAGGAGCUGCACUGAUAGGAAAUCCAGUGGUUCUGUACUGUGAGCUGGAUCAGUCUGCUGGAUGGAGGUUUUAUUGGUCCAAACACACACAGAGCCCUGAGAAUGAGACCAAGCCUGAAACACACUCCUACACCAUCAGCUCAGUCAGUGUCUCUGAUGGAGGACAGUACUGGUGCAGAGCUGGGAGAGGAACCCCAGUCUACUACACUCACUACAGUGAUGCUCUCUGGAUAAACACGACUGAUGUUUCUCCUCCAGUCUCUCUGAUGGUCAGUCCUAGCAGAACUCAACACUUUAGUGCUGACUCUCUCUCACUGAGCUGUGAGGGACAGAGUGACUCUACUGGAUGGAGAGUGAGACGAUACACACACAGUCAGAAGGUGUCAAAUUGUUCAUCAGGCUGGGGAUCAGUUACAGGAUCUACAUGCAGCAUCAGCUCCCUCAGCACAUCCCACACUGGAUUGUACUGGUGUGAGUCUGAAUCUGGAGAGAGCAGCAAUCCUGUCAACAUCACAGUGACCAAUAAUAAUGGGAUUCUGGACAGUCCUGUUCAUCCCAUUAUGGAAGGAGAUCCUCUGACUCUACACUGUUUAUAUCGUGACCCAAAACCAACAAACCUCACAGCUGAGUUCUAUAAAGAUGGAUCACUCCUCCAGACUCAGACUACAGGAGAGAUGACCAUCCGUACUGUCUCAAAGUCAGAUGAAGGUCUCUACCACUGUAAACACCCAGAGAGAGGAGAGUCUCCACAGAGCGGGAUCUCAGUCAGAACUGCUGAAUCUGCUCCAGAUCUGGUAAUAGUGGUAGUAGGAGUGAGUUUUGCUGGGUUGUUCAUCAUUUUACUGAUACUCCUGUGGUGCUACAGAACUCACAAAGGGCAUCUGGAGAACAUCAAUCAGAUGUCAGUUCAGAACCAGAGAGAGUCAGGAGCUGAGGACUCUCAGUCUGGACACCUGCCAGUGCAGGCUGAUGUCCAUGUUUAUGACACUAUGCAAAGAGCAGGUAAGAGGUGCAAAAGUGAAGCAGCAGAUGAGCUCAGCGAUGUCACUUACUCACAGGUCCUGAGAAAAAACAAGAAAUUAAAGAACAAAGAUGCUGACACUGGAUCCAUGGAAGUUACUUAUGCUGAAAUUGAACUGAAAACAAAAAAGAAACCAAAGAAAAAACAAGAGAUGAUAAGUGUGAAUGCUGACACUGUGUACUCAGAGGUGAAGCAGAACACAAACGAAGGUGAUGUCACUGGACUUGAUUCAACACAUGGUUUUAACAGAAAACUUAAUAAUAAAUUUCAGGUCCAAGAGGAGUGAGAACAAAAGCAGUAUAUUACUGAAGAUGUGAGAGAACGCAAGCCAGAAGCUGAUCAUAUGUAUACAUGUGCAAUAGCAGUUUGACUAAGAGCUAAUUCCACCAACAAAUCACAUUUAGGUAUUACAUUUAAUUUUCAGUGGCAGUACAAUAGGAGAAAAAUAAUAGCUCUUUUUGUACAUGUCCUGCUUUUAACUUGCUAAACCUGAUGAAACAUCAACCUGCAAGUCUCGAUAUAGAGCUGUUAGCUGUUCCAUUAAAAAAAAUGUAAAUAAUAAUAUAAUAUAGCUUGGUAAGAAUGUCAUCACCAGCAAAUAUCUGCAUUUGAUAAGCACAAUCAGGUUACAUUAGUCAGUUGUAGGUGAUGUAGGUUCAGUAAGUCUGAAAUAACAGUGUAACGCGAGACCAGGGUAGAAUCCAAUCGCAGGUUUAUUGAGGAUAAGGUUAAACAAAUCCAAAAACAUACAAACAGAGGGGAAUUCAAUAAUCGUAGUCGGGGUACACAGAAGAAAGGUCAUCCAGAGGCAUACAAACAAAGGGAAAUCCUAAAUCGUGGUCAGGUUCAAACAAAGCAAGGUCAUACACAAAAAAAUACAGAGAAAGAUAAACGCUUAGAAAUGACUAUGGGAAGACAAGACGUCGCGAGGUGAGUUCAGUGCAGCGUGCUUAAAUACUGAGCUAAUUACAGAUGAGAUGCAGGUGAGUGAGUGCUAGAACUGGGGCGAGAGUGACCUCCUGUGGGCAGGAGGGGUAACUGCAGGGCCAAUAGUGACAAACAGUGGGGAAAAAAGCAACUUCAGUACUUUCUGAGUAGCUCAUUAUAGUGCCAUCUCCCUGUAGUCCACCAAAAGUCACUCAAAUACAGUCAAAGUAAAUCUUUGAAAUCUCUAUAA